GUGAUCAAGCUAGCAGCUGCACGGGAACGAGUCUCAGUUCAAAGCUAUUUUUGCCUCCACAUUGCAACUGGUUUGAAACAACAACAAAAAUGAAGUUUCUGAAACUCUUUGGACGUGCUAAAUCUGUGGUUAUUGGAAUGAUUCAUGUUCAAGCCUUGCCAGGCACCCCUUUAGGAAACAUGGCCAUUCCUCAAAUUAUUGAGGAGGCAUGCCAUGAGGCAGAAAUCUAUCACAAUGCGGGAAUUGAUGGGCUGAUCAUUGAGAACAUGCAUGACAUUCCAUACACAUUCUCAAUUGGACCAGAGGUGUGUGCCUCUAUGACAGCGGUGUGUGCAGCGGUGAGGGGGAUCUGUCCGUCUCUGCCUCUUGGAGUUCAGAUCCUGUCUGCAGCAAACAGCUCAGCUCUUGCUGUUGCACUGGCUUCAGGUAUGGAUUUUAUCAGGGCAGAGGGAUACGUCUUCUCACAUGUUGCUGAUGAAGGCCUUUUGAAUGCCUGUGCCGGAGACCUUUUGCGAUACCGCAAGCAAAUUAAGGCUGAACAUGUGCAGGUCUUCACUGAUAUAAAAAAGAAGCACAGCUCCCAUGCCCUGACUUCAGAUGUGAGCAUAGUGGAGACGGCCAGAGCAGCUGAGUUUUUCCUCUCUGACGGGCUCAUCAUCACUGGAACAGCCACAGGGGUUCAGGCAGAUCCAAUGGAGCUCAGAGAUGUUGCAGGGUCUGUAAGACUCCCAGUUCUUAUUGGCUCAGGAGUGACCUAUGACAACGUGGAACACUACCUUGAUGCUAGUGCAAUGAUAAUUGGCUCUCAUUUCAAGAGGGGAGGAGUUUGGGCAAAUGCUGUUUAUCCAGAAAGCGUUAAGAAGUUCAUGGGGAAGGUGCAUUUGCUUCGAAAAUGAAAUCCACCAAUUUGCUGCUAAAAUAAUUUAAUGCAGAACAAUGACAUUUGGUGGUAAUAAUACAUGUAAUUACUGAAGUUAUGUCUCAUGCUAUUUAAUAAAACAAAUAAUACCUA